AUUUUUUUGUUUUUAAGGCGAUUACAUGAGAGUACCCUAGGUGGCUGGUGUGCUAUGGAAGAAGAUGAUGAUCCAUAUUUACAGAUUGAUCUUGGAAAACAGAAAGUUAUCACAGCAGUAGCUACUCAGGGAUUAAAUAACCCACAGGGUAACUGGGUAGAAAGGUACUCUUUAAACUACAGCUGCGAUGGAAUCAACUGGAAAACAUAUCAAUCAUUUGCCAAAGAUGAGGUAAAUGCUAACUACAAGUUAUGAGUUGUUUUGAUUAAAAGUAAGACUAAAUCGGUUAAAGUUACCCUUGUUUACCAGAAGUUCUGCGGAAGUUCAUAGUUUCAGCACCAAAGCAACCAAAAGUUGAAAAUAGAAAGCGAAAAAUCAUAAAAGGUUCUAGAUCCUUUCGUCUUGAGAAUUAAUGUAAAUUUGCAAUCUCUCUGUGAUUUUCGAAUCAUCUCAGAGGAGAAAAUGAUGAUAAGCAACUUUUAGUCUAAUAACACUAAUUCCUUUAGCAAGUGUUGGUGUCAGAGCUGGAAUACGAAUACGAAUACGGGAAGAUACAGUUUGAACAUGUUUGAAAAUAAACUAAGUGAAGAAAAUGAAAAUGACCCCUGGAAUUAGGGCGGGUAAGCCUUUAAAAGAAAAAUAUGUUAUUUCCGUGUAUUUUUCAUGUAUAAAAGGGGAAAUAACUUCUAGUAAAUUUCCAUUUUGCAAGCAGAUGAUAAACGAGCAAGCCAGGUCUGGAUUUUUAGUCAUUGCUUGUUUAUAUUUUUUAAUUUUCUUUAUGUGGCUACGGAAAUAAUUUGCAUCGAGGUUACGAACGGUUAUAAGUGAUGAAUCUCGAGGAAGACUAGAUAUUCUUAUGUGAUUGGCUGCUCUACUAUGUCAACAAUUUUUGCAGAUUUCUGAAUGGAGGUGCGAAGAUAUCGACGCAUGGUUAUUAUCGGGUAUAAGGUGGUGCUCUAGAAGUUUUCUUUUGACUUUAAAACAAAGUUGGACACGACGGUAGCCUGCGUAGCAGGUGCUUGCCAACGUGACAGUCAUUGACAAAUAAUUUUGCAGUUGAAUGAUAAGCCAGCUAGGGGUUAUCUUCAAAGAGCGAAACACAUUUUACAUCCAUAUGGUUCCAGUUUUCUUUCGCCUCAACGGACAGAUGUGACUCAUGGUCAAAUUAUCAGCUUAUAAAAUUAUUUACCUUAGCGAGCAGAGAUUUUUGCCACAACGUUUAAAUUUAAUGCUUCAACGGGCGAAAAAUACUUUGAUUAAUUUCAUCUGGUACCGAAAAGCUGGUUUGCUUCGCAUCUUUCCUCUCUUUUCUCCCGAGACCAACAAGCUAGGGUGGACAGUUUACCCCAGCAGAAUAGAAAAAACUCCAUGAAGGAGGAUUUGAUCGAUAUAAUCAUCGCAACUUCAUUUAUUCGCGAAUCGGCAAAUAGAGCAGCCAAACGCAUAUCAGGCUGAAUCUCUAGUCCCCCUCGAGAAUCAUCCCCAAAAUGCUCUAAGAAAACCAAUCGACUGAGCAUGCUUCUGAUCUUAAAUCCGACAAAUUUUGGCGACUUUUUCCCACUAUAGUAGAGAAAAAUGUGUGCUGGCUUGCAUAAAUAAGGCUCGCCAGCAAUUAAAAACCUACUCUCAAAGGAGAUGUUUACUCUGAGACAACACUUUAGCUAUUUACUUCAUUAUUGUUAGCAUUUACUUACUGACUGACUGACUGACCACCUCACUUAUUUACUUACUGAGAUAAUAAAUUACUUUAAAUAGAGAAUAUUAAUUAAAGAAGAGAGUUUUAAAAAGUAUCCUUUAAAAAAAUCCUAUUAUUCCUCCCAUGUACGUAAUAAACAGUUUUUUUUUGUUUACUUAGGUUUUGAAGGGUAACACCGAUGGUGACACAGUUGUAAGCAAUAAACUGGACGAGGCCAUUAUAGCUCGAGAAAUAAGAAUAAAAGCACUUCAGUGGAAUAUGUACGGCAUGGUCUGCAUGAGAGUAGAAAUCUAUGGCUGCGAUACAGACAAAGGUAUUGAACAAUCGUAGCCAAUAUUAAGCAAGUUAGAGAAAGCAUAGCAAGGUCGUCAUCUUAAAAAACUCUCUAUUUGGCAGCCAGCGGAUACCAGUUUCAGUGAGUUGAAAGGGCAAGGUAGGCUGUCACCGUCAGACUGGCCUUUUCCGCUGCCUCAUUCGAUAGCAACACAAUCAAAAGGUCUGCUAGUAGUGUAGCUUUAAAUUGAAAGAAAUGUCAGCCAGGAUAACGCCUGGAUUAAUCCGCCAUGAUGAGAUGAUUCGUUCCAAUUCGUCUAUCACACUUCUAAAUAUUUGGACGAAAUCCAAUGGUGACUUGUUACCAUUCAUAUGAAACCUCUUUGGUAGAACUUUUGCUUAGUACUGUAUAUUUAUUUUGGGUUUACAGAAAAAACUGAGAGUUUUUAGUGAAUUUUCACUUCGGUUUCUGUUAGGGGUAAGAGGGUUAGAGGUUGAAUUAUUUCAGCCCAAGUUUUACACAAAUGCGUAAAACCCGUCGCUGAAGUCUCCUGAAUGAGCGCAUAUUAAUGUAAUGAGACUUACGUGUUUAUCACAAUGCAACCAUGAAAGACAUUUUUACCUAAGUUUAUUUAAGUCCUAAAGUUGUAAUAUUUUCUGAUCGACACCUUACAGAUGGCCGCUUUGAAGACUGUAGCACAGCUGCGGGAAUGGAGAACAGACAGAUAACUAAUAGACAAGUGACUGCGUCCUCUUUUGCCAGCGGUCAUCACCCAUCACGAGGUCGACUUAAUAAUGAGAUUCAACAUGUCAAUGGUACUGUGUUAUUAGGCAGCUGGUGUGCGGCAACCCAAGAUACCUCACAAUACAUACAGGUAUAGACCUCUUGUACUACACAAUGAAACGAGGUGCAGCCUUGGGUGGGUAAUUUUAUACAGAUCACUUGGGCCAGGUAUGGUCCACCAUUAAAACUUAUCUUGAAGCUACUUUCACUACAAUUGUCUUGGCAAGACGUCAUGUCUCCUGACUUUAUCGUUUAAUACCGGUACUUUCAUAAUUCUGGGCCUGCUGUAAGUGGACCUUACACUUGAAACGCCUGACUGCGAUUGUCACAUAACUCACGGGAAGAUAUAAGAAAAAGGCUAGAUGAGAAAUGUAUCAUUUCUGUUUCAGGUUGAUCUUGCAGCGUCGCGAAACAUCUCUGGAGUCGCCACUCAAGGAUCUGUGAUGGGGACCUGGGUAACAGAAUAUACUCUUAACUACAGUAUGGAUGGGUUGCAUUGGAAUACUUACUGCAAUCAGACUGACGGCAAAAUAAAGGUGGGAGUUACUAUCCAAAAAAGAUGAUUAGUUAAAGGCCAUUGUACCAAAAAUAGAACAAAAGCGAUACAACCAGAGGAAAUUUGGGUGUUUCUUAAUGUUGCUGAAUCUAUUGUUGGUUAGGUAUUGUUUUGUGGUGCGAGUAUUGUUUAGUGUCUUUUCAGUCUUCUGUAUUACGUCAUGUGUUGAUCGAACCGGCUGAGCACGCAACACUAGGCAGAAGUCUUCAGUCCGCAAGAGUUAGAAGCAGAAUAAAAUACUUUAACUUCGUUGUGAUUUACAAGUCUUAACUUGAUCAUUAUUCAUUCACUUUGCCUAUCUUCAGCUGUAUUAUAUAUAGGAAAACCUGCAAAAAAAUGAACCGAACCUCCAGUCUGAAAACUUGCCAUUGAAAUAUGUAUGGCGCUCCACUGCGCGCCCUACGCGCGCGCGGACGCUCCGCUACCAAUAUAGACAGUCCCUGUAGUGGUAGAUAACUUGAUGGUUAUUUUACAGAUUCUCCAGGGGAACGUGGAUACCCUUACGGUCCAUAAGAAUAUGUUCGACUGGCGAAUCAAUGCUCGUUAUAUUCGCAUUAACCCAAGGGCGUGGACACCAACCGGACAAAUUUGCAUGAGAGUGGAAAUAUACUUCUGCCACAAUUACCAAGGUGAGUGA